CUGGUGGUCGUAUUUCCCAGGUUCCCUGAACGCAGCAGCGUUAGCCGUUAGCAGCACGUCGCUAACAUGCAGCUCGCUCUCAGCAAGACGUUCGGGCAGAAACCCAUGAAGUUCCAGCUGGAAACGGAGGGAGACUUCUACAUGGUGGGGUCGGAGGUUGGAAACUACCUGCGAAUGUUCCGAGGUUCGUUGUAUAAAAGAUAUCCGUCGUUGUGGAGACGACUCGCGUCGGUGGAGGAGAGGAAGAAGAUCGUAGCGUCGUCGCACGCCACUAGCGUUACGCUGCUAAAAGCUUCAGAGUGUGAGGAAAUCUUCGAGGGCAACGAUGAGAAAUACAAGGCUGUUUCCAUCAGCACGGAGCCGCCGGCCUUCGUCAGGGAACAGAAAGUGAAGCGCAGCAGCCAGUGGGUUCCCACUCUUCCCAGCAGUUCCCACCAUCUCGACGCCGUCCCGUCCUCCACCACCAUCAACCGGAACAGACUGGGCCGCGACAAGAAGAGGACCUUCCCCCUGUGCUUUGACGACCACGAUCCCGCCGUCAUCCAUGAAAACGCGGCUCAGACUGAAUCUCUGGUUCCGAUCCGGCUGGACAUGGAGAUCGAAGGACAGAAGCUGCGGGACGCCUUUACCUGGAACAUGAACGAGAAGCUGAUGACGCCGGAGAUGUUUGCAGAGAUUCUGUGUGACGACCUGGACCUGAACCCGUUGGCCUUCGUUCCCGCCAUCGCGUCGGCCAUUCGGCAGCAGAUCGAGUCGUAUCCGACGGACAGUAUUCUGGAGGAGGAGGCGGAUCAGAGGGUUAUUAUCAAGCUGAACAUCCACGUGGGGAACAUCUCAUUGGUCGACCAGUUUGAGUGGGACAUGUCUGAGCGGGAAAACUCUCCCGAGUCGUUCGCGCUGAAACUUUGCUCGGAGCUCGGACUGGGUGGAGAGUUCGUUACCACGAUCGCGUACAGUAUCCGCGGACAACUGAGCUGGCACCAGAGGACCUACGCCUUCAGCGAGAAUCCUCUCCCCACGGUGGAAAUCGCCAUCCGUAACACGGGCGACGCCGACCAGUGGUGCCCCCUGCUGGAGACGCUGACGGACGCAGAGAUGGAGAAGAAGAUCCGGGACCAGGACCGGAACACCAGGCGCAUGAGGCGACUGGCCAACACCGCCCCCUCCUGGUAGGAGGACGAACCUCCGCCGGAGCAGCAGAAGAGGAAAAUCCACCAACAACGACCCGUCUCACCUGCAGGACGUCCUGGAGCCGUCACCGGAGGAACCCUAACCCU